AUGUCAGUCAAGCUCAGUGAAUUAGUCUCUCAUUUAAUAACGGAUAGCCGCAACGACCCUUCGGAAGUUGAGAUGCAGACGAUAGUGAAUGCAGUUGAGCGGGUGGCUGGUGCCGAUAUAGUGUUACGUCUUCAGAUCGAACAGAAAAUGAGAAACUACACAAAGAAAAUUGUUCCUGACAACGAGAUCAUUAACUGUUUGACACUUACUAACUUUGUUGUACAGAACUCGCCGACUUUUCGAACACAAGUCUGUGAGUUAUCAUUCGUUGGGCUUCUCCAACAAGUCGGGAAGAUGAAGAAACUCCACAAUGAGACAAACGACGUUGAGGACAAGGUGAGAGAGUUAAUUGCAGUGUGGGGGACGUUUUAUCCGUGUGAGUUGUCGGAGUACAACGUGUUAUAUCAAAAAUACUGUGCGCGAAAAAUCAUCAAUCCACACACACAACCAACGACAUUUUUACCAUCACAAAUCAUUCAGUUAAUUCCUCACGUGGAGCAUAACUUAAGAAAUAUUUCGAGAGCUCUAGAGACGGGGUAUGGUGAUCUUGACAAUAUCUAUAUGUAUGCAUUCAAGAUAUCGAAAAAAUAUGAACAAUCGUGUUCGAAGUGUCUCGGAGACAAAGGAAGGUAUGACCCAGACAGUUUUGCGGAGUGUGUAGCUAUCGGAAAACGGCUGGCGGAGGCUUUAAAACAAUUGAAGACGAUGAUAGACAAACCGGCUGGUGUUGUCAGGAAGCAAAAAGGUUUAAGAGAUGAUAAACAAGAACCCCGAGCAAUUGUAAACAAGUUAAUGAAGCCAAAGGCACAAAUUGACUUUACAAUGCCCACACAGAAGAACUCAAUGGCGACGAAAGUGCAAAUGAAAAAGCACGUGGGUGGGAUGUUAGUAUCGCACAGCUAUGUUAUCCCAGAAGUUGGGCUGAAAGAGAAACAAACACCACUUGUAAGAGACGAAGUCGACUUCCAGACAAGGUCGUCACCGUUUGCGGUUCCAACGUGUACAUCAACAAUGAACAACAAUGCCCAGUCGCCCGACGUCUUUGCUUUUGACGAGGACUUAUGA